CAAAAUGGAUUCGCAACGCUCACAAGCGGAACCUUCGAGCUCGGGACGCGCACCACGCGGCUCAGCUUGUCUCAACUGCCGUCGUCGUAAGCUGAGAUGUGAUGGCGCUCGGCCAAUAUGUGGGCCGUGCAUUCGUACAAAUAGACAAGCUGAUUGCGAAUACACGGACGGUCCUGUGCGAAGCCCGACUCAAGUGCUCGAAGACAACAUUGCUCGUCUUGAGGCCCGUAUUUACGAAUUGGAGAAUCCGGAAACGAUAACGCCAUCUGUGACACUCUACGACCCACGCAUUUCUUCGUCUGACUCAGGAAUGACAAUAGAUCCAAUAAAUCCUGCGAUGGGGCCUCCACUUGACUAUGCAUCCGGAGGUCGGGACCAUUCAACAGGCUUUCUUGCCCCUCCUGGCGCUCCAUUGACAUUUCUUAAUUCUGCCACAGAGCCGUCGCUACAACAUGUACAAACUCUGUAUGUAUAUGACUAUGACUACCGUAGUAGCUUGUAGGUCUCACUUCCCCCUAGUGUUGGCCAUUUUCUCCCGUUUUCGUCUCAGGUCGGAUUCUUCUUGCAUCCUCGGCGAUUCAUGGAGAGUAUUUCCGUA